AUGUCCGCGGCCCAGCCUGUCACCUCGCCGCCCGGCCCGGCGACCAUCGCCGCUCCCCAUACUCUGUCCAUGGAAGAGCCCUCCGAGGAGUGGGAGGAGUACUCGCCCGAGAGCGGCAUGCACUUCUGGCAGUAUAUCCUGGCCGGGUCUUUUGCCGGGCUUUGCGAGCACCUGAUGAUGUUCCCCGUGGACACCAUCAAGACCUACAUGCAGGCGAACAUCCCGCCCUCCGGCCUUGGCGGCGGCGGCGGCGCCGCCGCCCCGGCCACUGCCAGCGCCGCUGCCGCUGCCACUACCGGCGGCCAUGCGACCGUGGCCGCCGCCGUCACCGGUGCCGGCAGUGUCCCCCCGAUGGCCGGGUCCUUCUGCGCGACCACCGCCGCCUCGGCCCCGAUGGCUCGGUCCUCGGUGGCCCGGACUCUCGGCGGGGCUGCCGCCGCCGCCGCCGCCGCCCCGGGCUUCGUCCCGAAUGUCCACACGGCCCUCACGGCGCGCCAGCUCUUCCGGUCCCUGGUCGCCGAGCAGGGGUUCCUCCGGGUGUGGCGCGGCGCCCAGAGCGUCCUCAUCGGCUGCAUGCCCGCUCACGCGGCCUACUUUUCCAUCUACGAGCUCGGCAAGAAGAUGACCACCGUCCAGACCCCCGCCGGCCCCUAUCGGUCCCCCUUCACUGACAUGGCCCUCGGAGGGGCCAUGGUUUGCGUGCACGACAUGCUCAUGACCCCGAUCGAUGUGGUCAAGCAGCGGCUGCAGCUCGGGUAUUACUCCGGCCUGACGGAUUGCGUGCAGACCAUCAUGCGCACCGAGGGCAUGGCCGGCCUCUAUCGGUCGUACUUCACCACGCUCAUCAUGAAUGUCCCCUACCAUGGCCUGACCGUGGCCGCCAAUGAGAGCCUCAAGCCCAUGCUGCAGUCGAUCUUCCUCCCGGACCACCUGACCGAGGGCCGCGAUGCCCGGCAGUUGGGGAUUUUCUUCACCUCUGGCGGCCUGGCCGGCGCCUUCGCCGCGGCCCUGACCAACCCCCUGGAUGUGGCCAAGACUCGCCUGCAAACCCGGUCGGUCAUCACCUCCGGCCUUCAGGCGCAUGGGGCUGUUGGCGCCCUCCGGACGGCCGCCUCUGCCGCCGGCGCCGCCUCUGCCGCCGGCGCCCUCCCGCUGGAGCGCGGCCUCAUGGACGCCUGCCGCGGUAUCCUGCGCGACUCCGGCUGGCGCGGCUUCUUCUACGGCAUCCGCCCCCGGCUGGUGGUCCAUUCCACUUCGACGGCCAUCUGCUGGACCUCUUACGAGUUGGUCAAGGCCUUCUUCCUCCGCUCUUCAAAUAAGUCCACUUUCUUCUCGUCCUAAGCGAGAGAGAGAGAGAGAGAGCCGCGCGUCGCCCCCUGGCGUGUGUAUGUGUGUGCAUGCAUUCACGCAGAGGCAUGCAGACCGAGAAGUGCCCCCCUUUCCCCAGUUUCCUUAGAAUAGCUGCGCGCCCGUGUGUGUGUACACGCGUGUGCGCGAAAAAAAAAGGGUGAGGACAGUGGCCCCGGCCCAUUCCUCUCCACUUCCCCCCCGCCCCUCCCUCCCCCUUUCUCCUCUUCUCCCGCAGAUCUAUGUGCCGCACGCCCACCUGUCGCGCGCGCGCGCGCGCGCGCACCCCCUCCCCUCCACACGCUCUGCUCGCCAUCACCGUCCUUGAUCCCCUCCCCCUUUUUCCCGGCACGCGCGCCGCCCAGUGGUACUGAGAUGUGCUCCCUUUGUGUGCCAUAAUAUCCCCCUUCCCCUGCCCCAGUGUCCCGGCACCAGUAUCACAGAGAGAGAUAGCACCCGCCCUGAGGCCCGUCGCGCGCGUCCCAUCCCCCCUUUCUUUUUUUUACAAAUACAGCACCACAUGUCCAAACAUGCGUAGGCCUGUGCCAAGCUUUUCCGAGCACCCGAUUGGGCUCACCGCAUGCAAAAACAGGCGCACAUACACAUAGACACACACACACACACAUAGA